AUGCCCCAGUCGAGGGAAGAAAAACUCCGGAAAAAAAGGGAAGCUGAAAAAAAAAGAUACGAAAGGCUUAAGCAGGAUCCUGAAGGGAGAGAAAAGUUGAGGCAAAAAGAGCGUGAUCAGUAUUCCAAAAAAAAGGAGAAUAAUAUAGUUCAACCCAUCAGUAAGCUAAGCAAAAGAGACCAACGUAUGAAAAGAAAACAAUGGCGCAAAAACUCUACAACUUAUAGAUUAAGAAAAAAGCAAACUGAAAAUGAAAAUCAUUUUCUGGAAGAAAAUACUCCACCACCUAGUCCCGUUCGUUUGGAAAACGUAAAUGAUGUUCCAAGAGAUACACCACAAAGUAUUUCAGGAAGACGUUUAGCAGCAAAAAAUCGGAAAAUAAGGAGCAGAAGGUCCAAGGAGAAAAAUGAACUUAUAGAAAAACUUAAAAAAAAAAUCACAAAAUACAAAGUAAAAUAUCACAGACUAAGGAAUCUGACAAAAGAGAAGCGCACUAAGCGUGAAGUUCAACUUUCUCCGAAAACCAGAGUAAACGAAAUGAUGCGUGAGAAUCAAAAUCCAGAUAUUAUCAAGAAACUUUUAUUUGCUGAGGUCGUAAAGGAUCAAUUAAAGACAAAUUACAAAGAAUUGAAAAGCGAUAAUGAAAAGCAAAUUUUUAGACAAGUACUAUCGGGAAAAAUAAUUAAGAAGUACCAAAUCACAAACGACUUACGAGAAAUUUCUCUCAAUCGACUAAAGGUGAUAAAUGAACAUGAUCCAAAUUCUGUGAUGUCAUCAUUUUGUUGUGAAAAUACUACAGAAAAAUGCCUCCUUAGAGAAUGCUUUUGCUGCAAAUACAAAAAGGUUUUGUAUAAAGAUCAAGAUUCCUCUAUCAAGGGUCAUUACUUUAAGUGGUGUUCGCAGAAAGAAACAUAUUUUGAUAAAAAAACAAAAAAAGAAAAGAGCGUAAGUAAAAUUACAAAACGAAAGUUUGAAUGCCCUUUAGCAGAGAUAAUAGAAGAGUUUGAGAGCAAUAUCAUAAAGUAUCUGAAACACAGGGGCAGGGCUCGUCACCAAUACAAAAGGAUCACAAAAAUGAAAGAGGAACUAAAGAGUAAUGAGGCAUUAAUCCAUAUGGAUUUUAGCGAAAAUUAUAAUUUAAAGUAUGCGGAAGAAGUUCAAUCUUUCCAUUUUGGAGGGUCCAGACAGCAGAUAUCACUCCAUACUGUCGUUAUGUAUACAAAAUCUGGUGAAGAACUGAAAAAAGAAUGUUUCUGCACUUUAUCCGAAUCUCUUCAACAUAACGUACCUGGAAUAUGGGCACACUUAGAUCCUAUUUUAAAAUACAUUGAAGAAAAUUACCUUGUUGACACUUUGUAUUUUGUUAGUGAUAGCCCGGCGACGCAAUACCGUAAUAAAACGAUGUUUUAUUUUCUUGCUGUUGAACUCCCAAGUUUGUAUACAAAAAUUAAGAAUUUUUCCUGGAACUACUUAGAGGCCGGUCACGGAAAAGGUGCUCCAGAUGGCAUUGGUGGGGUCACUAAAAGAACAGCGGAUCGACUGGUAGCUCAAGGUAAUGAUAUCGCAUCUUUUGAUACCUUAGUAAAUGCACUUUCUAAAAAUGUUAAGGGCAUUAAGUACCUGACUAUUGACUCUAGCGAUAUCGCCAAACUAUCAGAACGGCUAGAGAACAAAGAAUGUCCAAAUUUCAAAGGAACUAUGAAAGUCCAUCAGGUAAAAAAAGACUUGUCUCAAAAAUCCGCUGUACAGCUUAAUUUUUAUUCACUAAGUUCUUUGGGAGAAAAUGACUCUGCGUUAUAUCUUGGUCCACUGAUCUACAAGUCGACAAGUAUAUCACCUCUAGGUGAAGCUUCAAAUACAUCCUCAUUCGAUGAAGACAUGCUUACUUACAUCACAAAAAUCUAUGAUGAAGAAGCUGGUCCAAGUGUCAAAAACAAGGGGGAGCUGAGUUGCCAAAAUAUUAGAACUGGAACAUAUUUAUUGGUUCAAUUGAAAACAAAAAAAAUUUGCUACAGAUAUGUUGCUGUUGCGCAGAAUGAUAUAGAAGAAGACGGUGAGGUACGAGUUAUGUAUCUAAGAGUUUGCAAACUAAAUAAGAAACAGGUCUUUAAAAUAGAUGAAAACGACAUGUCCUAUGUGAGAUAUGAAGAUAUUACAUCCAUAUUGCCCUCACCAAUUAUAAUUUCUCAUAAAUGCAUACAGUAUUAUCAGUUUGAAAAAGAUAUUGAUGUUUUUGAGCAAGGAACGGGCAAAUUGUCAAAAAAUGUUUAA